AUGUCGUGUGACCUCGGCAAGGGGAUUGAGGGCACCCUCAGUAAGCUUGCAGAUGACACUAAGCAAGGAGGGAGUGCUGAGGUGCUGGAGCAUAGUGAAGAUCUACAGAGGGACCUGGACAGGCUGGAUCAAUGGCCUGAAGGCAAAUGUGUGACACUGAUCCGGGUUGAGUGCCAGAUCUGCAACUCCAGAGGCUCAGCCCGUCUCUGGGAUCAGAGACGACCAACUCCGCCCACCGGGAACCAUCACCCCGACUGCGAGGGCCAACCCCGAAGGGCUGAGCCCCACCAUGCAGGACCACUCUCCCGGACCAGCCCUGCCGGACUGACCCUGUUCAGGGAGCCGCACCGAUCCUGCCAGCCCCCGGAUGCUGCAGUUCUGCCCGGUUGCGCUGACGUCAUUGCACCGCGUCCUUCAUCUUUGCGGUUUCCGGCGCUCGCCUGCGCUGCUCCCACCACGACGCUGGCGACGGCUUUGAAGCACGCAGGGGCAACAGCACUGCGGGUGGCGGAGCUAGAGGAAGAGCUGCGGAGUCUGGAGGAGGAGCUGAGCCGCUGCCAGGCUGAUAAAGAAUUUGUGUGGUCUCUAUGGAAACAACUGCAAGUGUCAAGUCCAGAUCUUACUCAAGCUAUCAGCUUGGUUGUGGAAAGAGAAAAGCAGAAAGCCGAAGUCAAGGACAGAAGAGUUUUAGAGAUUUUGCAAGUCAAAGACAGCAAAAUAGAAACCCUCGAACAGAGACUCACAGGGCAGCAGCAGGAGAUAAACAACUUAAUACAGAGAAAAAGUGCUGCGGAUGAGGAAAAUGCCCGUUUGAAGAAUGAAUGCAGUAACUUGAACCAGAAAUUUAAAGAUAAAAGCCAAGAACUUAAGGACACUGAGGAGUGCGCACAGAAGAAGGAAGAGCAAAACAGACUGGUUAUAAAAAACCUGGAGGAGGAAAAUAAGGGAUUAAAUGCAUGCUGUGCUGACCUGAUAAAUGACCUGGAGAAACUGAGGAAGCAGGAGGCACAGUGGAGAAUAGAAGAAUCUGGCAAUGAUGCCAGAAUAAAGAAUUUGGAAACUGAUUUAGCAGAAGCUAGAGUACAAAUGAAAGAGUUGCGCAGUAUAUGCAGUAGUUUAUCAUCUCAAGUGGCAGUGAAACAGGAAGAACUCUCCCAAAAGAAUUGUGAUGUGAUCAAAGCUAAGAAGGAGUUACAGGAACUACAGAAUCUUUACAGACAAAACGUUGAACAUACAACAGAGCAGGCAGAGCUGAUAAAGGAGCUUCAGGCUGUCAAUGCUGAUACACAAAAAGUACUGAAAGACCAAGAGGCUGCUCAUACAGCUGAAAAAACAUCAUAUCAAAAACUUUAUAAUGAAUUGACUUUAUGUUUUGAAACUGUUAAAACAAGUGAAAUUCAACUACAGCAAAGCUGUGCAUCUCUUCAGGAUCAGUUACUUGGGAAAGAUCAAAAUAUUUGUCAGUUACAAGAACAACUUCAGCAGGCUCGUGAUGCUUUAAAUGCAGUACAUCAGACUUCUUCAAAAUGUAAACUACUGAUAUUUCAACAGCCUUAUUUAAGUGAGUUAAAGUGUCUUAUUACAAUGCAAAAAUCUGAAAUCAAGCUUUUACAGGAAAAAAUGGUAAAAGCAUGCAUCACAGAGCAUGGUUUGCACACUACAAGUACUCUGAAAAGCAACUAUAUAAGAGCUGGAAGAAAGCAUGAAGAACCACCUGUGAAACGUUCAAGGUCUCUGUCCCCAAAGAGCUCUUCUAGAGAGUUGGAGGAGCUAAGGAAGCUUAAAAUAGCUGAAAGGAAGAUCGAAAACUUAGAGAAGAAGCUACAGCUAAAGGCUCAAGAAACUGAUGAGCUAAGAGCAGUCCAUGAAGAACUAAAAACAAGGCUGCAGAUGUUACAGACCAACUACAGAGCACUAAAAGAGCAAUUAAAGCAGUGGGAAGAGGGUGAUAGCAGGACUGAAAGUAAAAGCAGAUACCAGCAUGCAGACUCCUGUCAGCUUUGUCAAGAUUCUGAUGCUGUGUGGAAUGAACUGGCUUUUUUCAAAAGGGAACACAAAAAACUGUUGAUCGAAAAACUGAAUCUUGAAGAAGAAUUGCAUCAGAUGAAAGUAUACCGAUCUGUGGAGCCACUUCUUAAACCUGAGGAGGAGGGUGGGGUCAAGAACAGUACUCCAAAGAAGAAUAUGAAAGAGGUUUCACAUCAGAUGUUACAGAAGGUACAACAACUAGAAGGAAGAUUCAGAGCUAUUGAAGGGGAAUUGAAAAACCAGAAAGAAGUAAAUAAAGACUUACUGAAGGAGAAAAAUUAUUUGAAAGCAUCUUUAAAAGUGCAACAGGAAGAUGCAGGCACAAGAGAAAGAGAGCUGGAAACUCUACUUAAGAAGAUUUCUGAAAUAGAAAAAGACAAAGCUGAACUUCAGGUAGUGAUUGAUGAGCAGGAAAAAGAAGCUACCUCUUUGAAGAGGCAACUGGCAGAAGCUAAGAGGUUUAGAAAUGAAAAUGAAGAUUUGCUGAGUCAAGUGCAGGAGCUGAAGUGUUUGCUGGAUGAAGCCAAAGCAGUGGCAACCUCUGGGCAAUGUAAUUGCAAAAUAACAGGCACCAAGGUUAAUUUAAAAACAGCUGAGAAAAAGAGCUCUUUGGGACAUCAUGGAGCUUUUCUCAAACAGUCCAUCAAGGUUAUGAGUAAUAUAUUUGAGAACUUCAGUAAGGACGGCUGGGAGGAUGUGAGUGAAAGCAGUGACUCUGAAAUACCAACUUCUGAAAGUUUGGAAAGUGUGGUUAUGAAGACAGUGCAAAACAUUGAUCCACAGCCAGAUGGAAAUAAACAACACAGAAAAAAGCAAAUACAAGACAGUCAAAAUCCCUGCAAUAUUGUUCAUUUAGAAGGCAAACCCCUGAAGCACAAUAAAAAGGGCCAUUCACAGAAUAAAGACCUGGAAAAGUUACAUUCCAAGAAAAGGAAGAUCUGCUGUCUUGUAACAUCUUAUCCAUCAAUUCUCACCAAAGUGAACAAAACAAAAAGGAGAAAUAUAAUUGUCCAGAAACGGGGCUACUGUGUUACUCUACUGCAAGAAAAAAUUAAGUCAUUGCAGCAGCAGAUAGCUGUUUUACAAAAUGAGAAAAAGACAGCAAUAUCUUCUAUGAAGGGAUUUGAGGAAACAAAUGAAAAGCUAACAUCUCAGCUACAUUUGGCUGAUCAGAGUCUUCAAACAAGCAAACUGACAGUAGAGUUGUUGACCUCCAAACUGGCCAAUUGGCAACAGGAGAAGGAAGAUUUACAAAGAAAAUUGAAGCUGAGUGAACAUCUGUCUCAAACUGCUAGCAAGAGUGAAGCCACACUCGCUCCUUCAAAGAACAUUGAUUUAGAGAUGAGACAGCUGCAGUGCAAACUAAAGAAUUCGAAUAAUGAAAUCACUAAGCAAUUGGCCACCGUUAAGUCACUGAAAAAAGAAGUCCAGGAAAAAGAAGAACGGAUUCGGGAACUGCAAGCAAAGAUUACUCGAUUGGAGAGGGACCUUAAUAUGAAAAGACAUUUGAUAGAAGACUUAAGGUCUCGUCUGAAAACAAGUCAACAAAAUGAGACAACCUCUAAUGAUGCAUUAGAAAGUCUUGAGAGAAAGGUAAAGGCAUUGGCCGAAGACUGUUUGAACAAAAAAGCUUUCAUUGACUUUCUUAAACAAAGACUCAAUGAGGCUGCAAAAGAGAAGUCUGAGUAUGAGCAGAUGUACCACAAGGCUAAAGACGAACUGGAGAAAAAGGAUCUCAAACUUACCAAUCUUGAGAACAAAAUCACUGAGUCUGAAUGUGCCAUGACUAAACUUGAGACUACUGCAUCUCAACAACUAUGUGAUUUGGCUAAACAGAGUGAGCAAGCUUUGGAAACUGUACAGAAGAAGUUGCUUCUCAACAAGGACAAAGUAGAAGAGUUCACAACAUUUGUGAAGGCUCUAACCAGAGAGUUACAGCACAGCAUACAAGAGCUGAGAACAAAAAUUAAACAAGCAAAAAAAAUGAGAGAAGUGAGAGCAUACAAAAAAGGUCUUUCCCAAGAGUCUGUUCAGUUGGCAGCAUCUAUCCUUAAUGUUUCAACCACUGAUCUAAAGGAGAUACUAGAAGUAGAAGAUGAUGAGGAAACAGCACAGACAAAAAUGGAAUUUGAAAAAGAUAAAGAAUGGCUGCAGUAUGUACAGAAACUUCUUGAAGCACAGUUUCCUUUUGCUUCGUAUUUAAUGGAUGCCAUACUGGAAAAAUUAAAUGAGAAGAAGAAACUGGUAGAAGAGUACAGUUCUCUCCUGAAACACACAGUGUGA